ACCGAAACGUCGUUCGAACCGGUCGUAGUGUGCGCGCAGUUCUCCCCGGUCGUCUCCGUGCUGUGUGUGUCGCGCGUCCCCGCCGAAGUGUCCGGUCCGCGCGUGUUGUUCCUUCGUCGUCGGCGGCGGUGCGUCAAGCCGUAUAGUGUUCAUCCCGUUCGGGUUUUUCGUCGCGUGCGCGUGUAAUCGCCAAGCUGACCGGCAAACGCCGCCGCCUCCACCGCCGCCGCACCGGUUACCGUUCGCCGAUACGUAUUCCCGGUCACCGCCGCCGCCAUGUACGCUUCGGGCAACAGUCAAAAAAUCGCGGCCGCGGUGAGCUGUUUUGGAAAAUUCAGCUUGACCAAGACCUGGUGGACACCAUUUCGUCAAUUUACCCCGAGUGGUUCCGCCAACAACAGCAACAGCAGCAGCAGCAGCAACAGCAGCUGCAGCAACAGCAACAGCAGCAGCAACAGCAGCUGCAGCAACAGCAGCACACCAACCCAUUGACCAUGCAGAACAAUAUUUCGCAAUCGUCUCCGCCCUCAGCCGAGGUGGACGAAUCUCCGCUGCAAAAGUCUAUGGACAAAAACAAAGAAUCUCUCAAAGUCAAGUUGAUGUUGAGGAGACCCAUUAACCAAUUGGUUGCCCAAGGAAUUAUGCCCUGUUUGAAAAGCCCACCAGCCUUCCAUGAACAACGACAAAAGUUGGAGAGGGCCAAGAUGGGCGAUCUGUUGAAAGCCAAAAUUCAACAGAGGCCUGACAAACAGCAGCUGGUUAGACAGCACAUAUUAGAAGACGUCGGCGACGUGGACCGAUCAUUAGCCGAACGUCAGCGCAUGUUGGUCAAGUGUCGUUUGGCUGAUUCACUAAAUACCCAGCUAGCACACAGACCCGGUCCUUUGGAAUUGAUCAAAAAGAAUAUACUCCACACGGACGAGCCCAUUGAAAGGGCCGUUAAAGAGGGUCAAAUUGAGUUCAAAGCAACCAGCGAAGGACAAAAAAUCAAGCCUGAACUCCCCGAUCAGUACUUGAUACUAGACGAAGACUCUCAGAGUUCUGGUGGCGCUGGAAGUUCGUGUUCCCCACCACCGCCACCACCACCUCCUCCACCACCGCCACCGGCGGUAGCGCUGACCCACAGGCCAGCGUAUGACAUGAUAGAGACGGCCGCUGCCAACGCCGGUAUCGUCACUUUAACGUUACUACCUUCACCCCUGGGCUCAUCCACGUCCAGCUUGUCACCGAUGAGUUCGGUUGCCUCACCACCGCCCCCGGCGCCCCCACCAAUGCCUCCGUCCACCCUACCGUUACAGGUGCAUGGGCAGCAGCCGGCACCGGGUAAGGACAAGAAUCGAAAGAAGAGCAAGAGUAAGUCACAGGCGAAGACCAGGACGAUCAAGUUCCAUGAGUACAAGGGACCACCGAGUGCGCAUAAGUCACAAAAUCUAAACGCAAAUUCGGCUGAGACCUCGUACGAGCUGCUUCUGCAGCAGCAGCAGUUGUUCUUGCAGUGGCAACUCGAGUGGCAACAAAAAUAUCCUCAACUCAUACUUCCCGCUCCCCCACACAAAUCAACCUCGUCUAUCGUUGAACAAUCUUCUACCGUAUCAUCGUCGUCGUCGCUGUCGUCUUCGCCAUCGUCCGCUUCGUCAACGACGUCCGCCCAGACCAUCAACAAUCUACCACAGAUUAUCGAAACCCGUUCGUUACGAAAUCUCGACGAUUUAAAGGUGAGUGACUUAAAGGCUGAACUGAAGAAACGUAAUUUACCCGUGUCUGGGCCGAAGCCACAGUUGAUUGAAAGGCUACGAUCGUUUGCUGAACACAAUUCGGAACUGUCGAACAUAAUGCUAUCGCCCGGCAACCAUUCGAAUCCAAACAGUCCUCCACGGUCGUCGUCUACGCCGCCACCACCACCUCCCCCACCACCACCACCACCCUUACCAUCACCAGGAUCACAAAAUACACCAGAAGAAGAUCGCAUCAUCCGUGAACAGCAGAGGCGCAUUGAACAGUUACAAAAACAACUGCUUAACUCCCAACUACAGCUUCAACAACAACAGCAGACCAGGGUACAAACAUUCCAGCCUCAUCAGCCGGUUAAUGCGAAAGCGAAUCUGGCAGCCUUCCUUCAGCAGCAACAGUUGAAUCAACAGCAAAAACAACAGAAACACAUGAUUUUAACGACGAACAAUAAUAAUUUAAUGAAGAAUAACAACAAUAACAACAACAACAACAAUCUUGAGACGACUAAACGGCGGAGCAAUACAAUAGUAUUGGACAAGGAACAAGCGGCAUCAAUUUUGAGUCAGUUGGACCACAACAGUCAAAGUAGAACGACUUCUCUGCCGAAUUUUUUGGGUACGUUCGUUCAACCCAAUUUAACCACCACCAACGUCAUCAACAACAACAACACUAGUAUUAACAAUAACAAUAAGCCGACGAUCACGGUUGUUCAGACCCCCUCAGGGUUCCAAAAAGUGGCUGACGACGACAAAGUCGACAUUCCCAUGGUUGUGGAUGACGUGAAAUUGCACCAGCAAACCACUGUAAGCUUGCCAUCGCAGCAGCAGCAAGUAGAAAGAGUUGUUGAGUCAUCGUCGGAAAAUCGACACCAGGACACGUUGGAAAACAACAACCUAAGUCCAAAACAGGAAGAUGUAAAACCACAGUCACCGUCAUCGCCACCUUACAUUGAUAUCAACAGUCUACCAAUGGUGUUUGACGACACGAAACUGUUUCAAAACGACCAUCUGGUUGACACUUGCCGGCACAAUGUGUCCAAAAGUCAGAUGAUGGACGAUGUCCUGGAGAUAUUGAUCAGGAACGGCGAGUUGCCCGCGUCGGCGGCUCACGACCAGACGUCAGCGGGAUCCGGCGUCGAACACUCGGCGGUAAACGCGACGUCCGAUUUCGACAUACACAUGGACGAUCCGUUCGCCAUGGACGUGGUGUGCAACGACGACCUGAUGAUGGACGUGGACACCGACUGGCUAGAUUCGCUGGACCUGCCGCCGCCGUCGGCCGAACCGCUGGCCGACCUGUUCAACGGCGAAGCCACCGACAACGACUUCAAACUUCCCGCCAACAUGGACUUCCUGUGGGACCGAAUAGACUUCGCGACGUAAUUUCACGUGUAAAAUAUUUUUUACCGUCGCUACGGACGUGUAAACGUUUACUUCAGUAUAGGUGCACGUGCGUGUUGCGCGCUAUCGUUAUCGCCAUUCCCCUUCGUCUAUUUUUUUUCUCUGUCUCUUCUCAUCUCUUCGUGACUCGUCCAACGCCGUUAAAGAAUGUAUGAAAUAAACGCAUACGUCUACGUUUCCCAUAGUGGCAUCGCCUCGAGUCGAUUGGUCGCGGUGACCGAUGUGUAUAAAGAUUUUUAAAAAAAUUGAUUACAUUUUAUUUAAAUAAUUAAAAACAAUACUUUGAAUUGACGAAAAAUUAUUAUAUAUGCUCAUUUAUUUACCAGGGUCGUGUUUACUUAAGGAAUAUUUAUUUAGAGAAAUUAUAAAAAUAUAAUUAAUGUUUCUUUUCUUUUUCAUUGCUCAAAAUUGUAUUAUUAUUAUUAUUUAUUUUUUUAAACUGAAAAUAAAAUAAUAAAAAAAACUAACCCAUUAAAUCCAUUAUCUGUGGUUUACAUUCCUUAAUUUUUAUUUAAAAGAUUAAAAUAAAAACGUCCGGCAUAAUGAUAUAUUAUAGUGUUUAAUGAACAAACAAAAA